AUGAGCGAGUAUGCUUCAAUAGCCGAGUUGAAGUUGUCGAAAACUCCUACUGAAUUAAACGAUGGGUUAGAUCCAGAAGUUGAGAACCAAUAUUACCAAGGCAAGUCUAUGACCUCUGAUGGGACAUAUGUUGGGACGUAUGCUAUAUUUAUUUUUGUAGCACUCUUGACGGGUUCUAUAGUCUUUUAUGUUUGGCAAGUCUUUCCUCGUGUUCUUGCGAAGUACGUAGGCCUCGACACCUUUUUCAAUUUUCUUCCGGACCAAUACUGGGCUUUAGCUGUCUCUUCGAUCUUUGUGAGUGGAUUUUGGUGUAUAGUGUUUUGUCAAUUGGGGGUGAUGAAGUUCUUUGAAGUCGGCGCAACAGACUACAGAAUGUACACAGACUCAAAACGGACUGAAAUCACAGACAACAGUAAACUGAAUUACACUGUCGAAGAGAACGCCAUCCCUCCUAUCGAAGACUGUGAGAUCAACAGACUCGCCGAAAUGGUUUACUCGUGA